GGGAAGUAACGUCAGCCUUGAGAACUGAGUAGCUGUACCGUGUGGCGCUUGUUCUAGAGAACUGAAUAGCUGUACUGUUGGCGCCUUGUUCUAGGCACUUCUUGGACAGCAUGUCUCACCUGCCGAUGAAACUCCUGCGUAAGAAGAUCGAGAAGCGGAACCUCAAAUUGCGGCAGCGGAACCUAAAGUUGCGGGGGGCCUCAAAUCUGACCCUAUCAGAAACUCAAAAUGGAGAUGUAUCUGAAGAAACAAUGGGAGGUGGAAAGGUUAAAAAAUCAAAACAUUGUGUGAAUGUGGGCUUAUCAGAAACUCAAAAUGGAGACGUGUCUCCAGAAGCAGUGGAAAGUAUAAAAGUUAAAAAAUCUCCCCAGAUAUCCACCGUAUUAGCCAAUGGAGAAACAGCAAUGCAGUCUCCCAAUUCAGAAUCAAAAAAGAAAAAGAAGAAGAAAAAGAGAAAAACGGUGAAUGAUGCUGGGCCCGAUGCAAAAAAAGCAAAAACUGAAAACGAAGGGGAAUCUGAAGAAGAAAAUGCCAAGACUCCUAAAGAAACAGAAAAUAACGUGGAGAAGCCGGAUAAUGAUGAAGAUGACAGUGAGGCGCCCAGCCUGCCGCUGGGACUGACGGGAGCUUUUGAGGAUACUUCAUUUGCUUCUUUAUGUAAUCUUGUCAAUGAAAACACUCUGAAGGCAAUAAAAGAAAUGGGUUUUACAAACAUGACUGAAAUUCAGCAUAAAAGUAUCAGACCACUUCUGGAAGGCAGGGAUCUUCUAGCAGCUGCAAAAACAGGCAGUGGUAAAACCCUGGCUUUUCUCAUCCCUGCAGUUGAACUCAUUGUCAAGUUAAAGUUCAUGCCCAGGAAUGGAACGGGAGUCCUUAUUCUCUCACCUACCAGAGAACUAGCCAUGCAAACUUUUGGUGUUCUUAAGGAGCUAAUGACUCACCACGUGCAUACCUAUGGCUUAAUAAUGGGUGGCAGUAACAGAUCUGCUGAAGCACAGAAACUUGCUAAUGGGAUCAACAUCAUUGUGGCCACACCAGGCCGUCUGCUAGACCAUAUGCAGAAUACCCCGGGGUUUAUGUAUAAAAACCUACAGUGUCUGGUUAUUGAUGAAGCUGAUCGUAUCUUGGAUGUUGGGUUUGAAGAGGAAUUAAAGCAAAUUAUUAAACUUUUGCCAACACGUAGACAGACUAUGCUCUUUUCUGCCACCCAAACUCGAAAAGUUGAAGACCUGGCAAGGAUUUCUCUGAAAAAGGAGCCAUUGUAUGUUGGUGUUGAUGAUGAUAAAGCUAAUGCAACAGUGGAUGGUCUUGAGCAGGGAUACGUUGUUUGUCCUUCUGAAAAGAGAUUCCUUCUGCUUUUUACAUUCCUUAAGAAGAACCGAAAGAAGAAGCUUAUGGUCUUCUUUUCGUCUUGUAUGUCUGUGAAAUACCACUGUGAGUUGCUGAACUACAUUGAUUUGCCCGUCUUGGCCAUUCAUGGAAAGCAAAAGCAGAAUAAGCGUACAACCACAUUCUUCCAGUUCUGCAAUGCAGAUUCGGGAACACUAUUGUGUACGGAUGUGGCAGCAAGAGGACUGGACAUUCCUGAAGUCGACUGGAUUGUUCAGUAUGACCCUCCGGAUGACCCUAAGGAAUAUAUUCAUCGUGUGGGUAGAACAGCCAGAGGCCUAAAUGGGAGAGGGCAUGCCUUGCUUAUUUUGCGCCCAGAAGAAUUGGGUUUUCUUCGCUACUUGAAACAAUCCAAGGUUCCAUUAAGUGAAUUUGACUUUUCCUGGUCUAAAAUUUCUGACAUUCAGUCUCAGCUUGAGAAAUUGAUUGAAAAGAACUACUUUCUUCAUAAGUCAGCCCAGGAAGCAUAUAAGUCAUACAUACGAGCCUAUGAUUCCCAUUCUCUGAAACAGAUCUUUAAUGUUAAUAACUUAAACUUGCCUCAAGUUGCUCUGUCAUUUGGUUUUAAGGUGCCUCCAUUCGUUGAUCUGAACGUCAACAGCAAUGAAGGCAAGCAGAGAAAGAGAGGAGGUGGUGGUGGAUUUGGCUACCAGAAAACCAAGAAAGUUGAGAAGUCCAAAAUCUUUAAACACAUUAGCAAGAAAUCGUCCGACAGCAGGCAGUUCUCUCACUGAAGACAUGCCUUUCUUUCAUCUUGAGUAACUUUGUUCUAAAAUGAAUUUUUUUUUUCCCUUGAUUUGACAGGAUUUUUGUAGACUUUAGAAUUUGGACUUACCUAACAAGAGUAUAAAUUGACUUGGGUUGCAAGCACUGAGCACUGUUACUUCUGUCGGGUCUCUCUUUUAUUUUUGGGACAUAAAACAGGCUUUAAUUUUCUUGGUUGCCCAAGGGCAGAGUAAGGAAUAUAUGGUCUUUCUUGUGAUUAUAUAAUAUUUUAAUUUUAAAUAUCCCUUCCUCAUACACAAAAAUGUAUGUUACUGUUUUAAUAUAAUUCUUUUUGUACCUUU